GAGAGAGGAACCCAGGAGUCCUAAACCUCCACAGAUCCCACACCUGCCUAAGCCCUACUCUUCUCCAAAAAGGAUCACCCUAACUCUCUCCACUCUGGAUUUCUCUGCUCCCCCAGAGAAUCCAGAAAAGCUGGCUCCCUGUUGUGAGUCUUCUUUAAUAGCACCGCUUUAUUCUUCCACAAUCCCAUUCAGGAGGCGAUCCUUUUAGUAUCUCCCCUCAGCUGCUUUCACCAAUCUCUUUAGAUUUUCCUUACUCUUGCUCAGAAAUUCUGGCUUCUUCAGGGAGCGAGAAAGAAAUCUGAUGGGUGUGUGCGUAUGCCUGGCGUGUGGGCGAGAGAGGGGUGGAUACCAAGGCACCUGGUGGGUUUUCUUAGUGGGCAGCACAAUGUAGAAAAAGGGUUAGAGGGGAGAGAUCCCUGGCUGCUUCUGUGGGGGGAGAGAAAAGCCUUCCCAGCGAUUCCUCUUUAAACUCUGACUCCUCCCCCUCCUCCCCCCUUGCUCAGCCUCAGCCUCCCCCGUCCAAAUCUCCCAUUCCUGGGCGAGAAACAGACACAGCCCAAAUCCACAACCUGUUUGUUUCUCUCUCUCUCCAUCUCUCUCUGUCUCUCGUUCUGUGGAGCUGUUGCUGGGAGCUUUCACCUCUGCCUCUUCUCUUUUUUUUCCAUCAGCAGUUUUGCCAUUCUCCCUAUCACUGUCGUCUUCUCUUUCUGUUCUCUCUUUCUCUUUUUUACUCCAUUCACCUCUUCGUUGCCCAUCCCUCCUUCACUUCCCAUCCCUCCCCAUUCCUUUUUCUCCCCAUCCAUCCUUCUACAUCCCUCCAGUCCUUUUCCGUCCUCCAUCAGUUCUCCACUUUCCAUCUCUUCUCUCAUUCAUUGCACGAUCCACCGGUCCCUCUUCCUCAUCCACCCAUCUGCUCCCUCUAGCUCCCAUAUCUUUCUUGCCUGAUUUUAAUCGCCUCUUCCCUCUGGUUCUUUCCUACCCCUCCCUCUUGAAGACCCUAGCAGUUAAGGUGCUGGGGCUUCCCCCAGGUGGCACCAUGGCGCUGCUGAGCUCCCCAACAGAGACUGAAUGCUUGACUAAGCCGCUUUUCUGCCGCAAGGGGGCGCUACGCCAGAAGGUCAUCCACGAGGUGAAGAGCCACAAGUUCACCGCUCGCUUCUUCAAGCAACCCACCUUCUGCAGCCAUUGCACAGACUUUAUCUGGGGGAUUGGAAAGCAGGGGCUCCAGUGCUUAGUGUGCAGCUUUGUCUUACACAAGAGAUGUCAUGAAUUUGUCACUUUUGAGUGCCCAGGAGCUGGGAAAGGACCCCAGACAGAUGAUCCUCGGAACAAGCACAAGUUCAAAAUUCACAGCUACAGCAGCCCAACCUUCUGUGAUCACUGCGGCUCACUCCUCUAUGGGCUGGUGCACCAGGGGAUGAAAUGCACCUGCUGUGAGAUGAAUGUGCACAAGCGCUGCGUCCACUGUGUGCCCAGCUUGUGUGGUGUGGACCACACAGAACGCAGGGGACGCCUGCAGCUCCACAUUGAGACAUUUGGGAGUGACGAGAUCCAUGUGACUGUUGGUGAAGCCCUUAACCUGAUCCCGAUGGAUCCCAAUGGCCUCUCGGACCCCUAUGUGAAACUCAAGCUGAUCCCUGACCCUAAGAACCUAACAAAGCAAAAGACUCGGACCGUUAGAUCCACCCUCAACCCAGUGUGGAAUGAAACCUUCACUUUCACCCUGCAGCCGGGGGACAUGGAGCGGCGCCUCUCCAUCGAGGUGUGGGACUGGGACCGGACAACCCGCAAUGAUUUCAUGGGAGCCAUGUCCUUUGGGGUGUCUGAGCUCUUCAAGGGUCCUGUGGAAGGCUGGUACAAAUUGCUCAAUCAGGAGGAGGGCGAAUAUUAUAGUGUCCCUGUGGCCGAUGCAGAAAACUGUGGGCUGCUGCAGAAAUUUGAGGCUUGCAACUUCCCACUGGAGCUCUAUGAGAAGGUUCGCCAUGGCCCCAUCCCAUCACCAUCCCCCAGCCCCACUGACACCAAGCGUGGUGGGUUCUUUGGCACCAACCGCUUCCACAUCUCCGACUUCAACUUCCUGAUGGUGCUGGGCAAGGGCAGUUUCGGCAAGGUGAUGCUGGCGGAGCGCCGUGGAACGGACGAGCUGUUUGCCAUCAAGAUCCUCAAGAAAGACGUGAUCAUCCAAGAUGACGACGUUGAAUGUACUAUGGUGGAAAAGAGAGUUUUGGCCAUGGGGGAGCGUCCACAUUUCCUAACCCAGCUGCACUCUACCUUCCAAACCGCAGACCGGCUCUAUUUUGUCAUGGAGUAUGUCAAUGGAGGAGACCUGAUGUAUCAUAUCCAGCAGGUUGGGAAAUUCAAGGAACCCCAUGCUAUGUUUUAUGCUGCAGAAAUUGCAAUUGGCCUGUUCUUUUUGCAUAACAAAGGAAUUAUUUACAGGGAUCUGAAACUGGACAAUGUAAUGUUGGAUGCUGAUGGUCACAUUAAGAUUACCGAUUUUGGAAUGUGUAAAGAAAACAUUUUUCCUGGCAUCACCACACGGACCUUUUGUGGAACACCAGACUACAUCGCUCCAGAGAUUAUUGCCUAUCAGCCAUAUGGGAAGUCAGUGGACUGGUGGUCAUUUGGUGUCCUUCUGUAUGAAAUGUUAGCUGGGCAGCCACCAUUUGAUGGAGAGGACGAGGACGAACUCUUCCAGUCAAUCAUGGAGCACACGGUGUCCUACCCCAAAUCUCUUUCACGUGAGGCUGUCUCCAUCUGCAAAGGGUUCUUGACCAAGCAUCCACUGAAGCGCCUGGGUUCAGGACCAGAAGGGGAACGGGAUAUCCGGGAGCACGGCUUUUUCCGCUGGAUGGACUGGGAGAGGCUGGAGCAGCUGGAAAUCCCCCCGCCGUUCAUCCCCCGCCCAUGCGGCCGAAGCGGCGAAAACUUUGACAAGUUUUUCACACGGGCACCUCCAGCGCUGACACCCCCAGACCAGCUGGUCCUCGCAAGCAUUGAUCAGAGCGAGUUCCAGGGGUUCACCUACAUCAACCCUGAGUUUGUGCACCCGUCCAUGUUGCGGCAGGGGAGCCUCUCCCCAACAGCCCUGCCCCUCUCUCCGACCAGCAUGCCCCUCUCUCCGACCGGGAUGAUCCCUUCCCCAACCUCCCUGGUGUGAGAUGGUCUCCCGGAUGACCCUUGACCCUAAGAACCCCAAUUCAAGCCCUUAGAAUUCUGCUCCCGGGAGCAUGACUCCUGCUCAGAGCUCAGCCCUAUAAACCCUACACUUGACCUUAUCACCCCUGCCUCCCCUAGAAAACACUUUUUGUGUUGUUAAUUGUCUCCAGUGAGUUGCUUCCCUCCUUCCUUACCUCCACUAGGUGAAACCCAGAUCAGUGAGGUUAAGAAAGCAGACAUAUAUCUAUAGAGGGAUUUUUAAACUCCACC